ACAGUCAAUCUCUCAGUCACUGACAGUUAGUAUGUCCAUUUUCAAACAAAUGUAUAACUUACUGGAAAAGGCAUUCAAGACUCUCAACACCAGUGUUCUUGUUGAGGCUACAGGAACGUUAAGCUCAUUGUUCAGACUAAUUCUAGAAAGCUUGCAAUUACCAGUUUUGCAAGAAGCAACAUUUUGUUCCCCAGCCACACCAGCUUUAAAGUCAGCACAUGAAAACACUAACCAGGGUGAAGACAUCAGAAAUUUAGUCUUGUUCCUUGUGGAAAUCAUGGAUGAAUGUUUCAUUCCCUUAGCCAUGUUUCAUGCUACUACUUCAGGUGGGGGUGAAGUUUUGUCUUCAGUAUGUUCGAUAAUAACAACACUGAACCAAGUGGAUAAGUUUCUGGUCAUACCUCAGGUCGGGGAUUUGUUUGAAAAACUUCUUAAAUGUGGAUUCUUGAACUCUUUGUGGAGUUUCAGAAAGUUGCUACCUCACAGUGAUGUCAGUGUGACACCUACUGUUAUAACAAGUAACAUAUUUCUGAAGCACUAUCUCCAGUGGUUGGCAGCAAAAGAAAAUGUGACGAAUGAGAAUUUCUUGAAGAUGCUGAGUAUGGGUGUAGACUUCAUGGGUACAACUCUAGAUGAAAUCCUGACUCUCCUCUCACAAAGGAAUCAUGCUGUUGGUGAAGAGCUAGAAAAUAAAACUGCUUACAGCCAAGUCACUAUUUUAUUUAUGCUUUACUGCUGCUGCAUGCAUAGUGAAAGCCUUGUUCCUGCACCCACUCUUCUUCCCCAUCUCGUGUCUUUUGUUAAUUUGAAUUCUGACCUGAUGUUGCUCCCUGUGACCUCCCUAAAACACCUUGUUCUUCUUUUGGCUAUUGUGACUAAUCAUACUAGGGAAGUAGAAGAUCAUUGUUUUCAAAGUCUAGAAAAUGCCAAUACUGUAGUUCUACAAUCACUGUCUCAUCUGACUUCGUUAGAGUCAAUCUACACUCAUAAUCAGUCCAUUCUCGUGUGGAGUUUCACAUCAGAGGCACAUGCUAGUGUUAUGGGAAUAUAUGUGAUUCAGCAGUGGUUGUCAGUAUGUGAAAUGUCACUCAAGGAUGACAGAGAAGCCUGCAUUUUAGUUAGAUUGCUUAACACCAACUUAAUUGCAAGUGAGACAUUUCUGAAACUACUUGUAAGUGACUCACUUGAGAUGGUAACUAGAAUAGCUAGGUUCCUGAAACUUCCACCUGAAAAUGAGGACAUGCAGGCUGAUAUUAUAAAACAGUGGGAACAGCUGAUGCAUACAUUAAUCAUCCAUCUUCCUGGUAUCCUUUAUAAACUACUUUUGUACCUGACUGAAGACCAGCAUCACGAACCAACUAUUGGAAUUUUGCUUGACUUGCUGGUAUGGGGUAAAUAUCAAUCACAGACUCCAGUAGAAGAACUACAAAUGGAGGGCUACAAACUGGUUUCUCAAAUCUGUAGAUACUUAAUUACUAGGAAAACGGGUGAUUCCAAGGUUGUUGUGAAUGGUCUUAUUUACCUCCAAGAAGAGCUCAUACAGUCCUGUGUAACUGAAGACACAAGAAGUGUGACUUUGGUUUCAUCCAACUUUCAGUUUUUAACUCUUUUAAACAGUUGCUUUUACACAGACGAUGAAGAUGUGUUGACAGAAGCUCUUGGUUUAACCGCCACUUUGGCAACUUUGCAAGUUCAAUACAAUCUAAAGUGGAGCCACAGUUUGAAAGUCACCAUGAAGCAAGUCCUAAACUGGAUACAGAUGUCUAAUUUAAAAGUGCAAAAAUCAUCCAUUAAGCUGCUUACUGGGUUUUUUGUGAAACACUUCCAAAAUGGUGUCGUCCAGCUGAAGUCUGAAACUAGCAAUGAAGAUUCUCAUAGAAACCAUUAUCUAGGUUUAUGCCCUACAGAUUGUCGAACAAUUCUUCUGUUAAUGCAGAACAUUUUGAUUCAGCACUAUAUGGCAAAUAUUGGUCAGAACUUGUUACAAGAACCAACUUGUUUAUAUGCCAUUCACUACUUUGGGAGUCCAUGUAUGUACACAUAUAUCCUAAUUUACUUUGAAGCUACUAAUGAUUAUAUAGGAGUCAAAUUAAAGUCAUCUAAUAAGUGUGAGCAAAAUAAUUUCAAUAUGGCCAUGCUAGAUUUUAUGCUGAAGAAUGCACUUUUAGAUGAUGAAGCUUUAUCCUGUAUAACCUCCAUGUUUGCCUAUCUUCAUGCUACAGACACAUUUUUAGAGCAACAUCUGUUGUUGCAGCCUUGGACUAAGGUUGUUCUGAAUGUUCGACUAAAUAGAGAAAACUUGCAGGAAACUGACUCAAGAAUAAUACAACUUUUUUUGAUGUUCACCAGGUGUCCUAGGUACAAUCCUCUGUUAGUAGAUAUGGUCUGUGAGUAUGGGAAACUUCUAGCUGAAAAUGCAGAGAUUGUAAGACAUUCAAAUCUACUCCAAGAUUUAGCAUCCACAAUCCAUGGAGGAAUAUACAGUAAAUAUGUUCGACCUGAUUUAGUUUACAGUCUAAGAACACUUACUACAGAUUUAGCAGAAAAAGAAAAGGAGGAAGAAUAG